UCGAAAUCUACCUAUCAACAUUUGGUAUCCUUCAUCAUCCCUGUCCUCGUCUGCUAUAAUGCAUCCACACAACCGCGGCAAGUCCCAUGCAACCAUAGUACGUCGACCGAUCUUGUCGUCCAGGGAGUGGGUUGUGUUGAACCCCAUAGCUGCCGCACGACACACGCUAGCGAACUGGCAUCUCUUGGGCUCGAUCAACGACGAAAGUGUGCUUCGUGUGCUGAGUUUCCUCGACGGCCGGUCCCUUGCUGCCGUCGGCCAAGUGUGCAAACACCUCCGAGGGAUGGCAAGUGACGAUGCCAUGUGGCUCCAAGCGUGUCGGGCCGAGUGGGGGGUCUCCCCGGACCAUCUUUCCCGAAACCACGCUCCUGUCGAGGGAAAGCAAUUGUACUUCUUCGCCAUCCAGUCCAUGCGCACGAUGACCCAGCAAAUGCUUCAGGAGCAAUGCCUCCGCUCCAUGCACACCACGAUUCACCAUUCAGUACCACCCCCAACUCCUAGCUUUACGCAUUCGUUCCCCGCGUGAAUCAAACGAACGACCACCAACGUCAACGAUGACGACGACGUUUUAGCACUGCAUCAUCGACAGUAUUUUUUCUGAUACGGCCUACUAUUAUAAAAAAAAAAACUUACUAUAAUAGUAUUAUACUAGUAGUGGCA